CAAACAUGGAGAUUUUUAGCUCUCCGAUCAUUUUCCUCCUCAUACAUUUUAUUUUCUUUGUUUAUUUGAUUUGUCCUAUUUAUUCAUUAAACACGAACGGUCAUCAAUUAGUCAAUCAAACUUUUUUACAAGAAAAAAAAAUUCAACAGUUGAAGGAGACAAUAGCAAAUCGUCUUAAGCAGAUCAACAAACCCGCUGUUAAGACAAUUCAUAGUCCUGAUGGUGAUAUCAUAGAUUGUGUUAGAUCCUAUGAACAACCCGCUUUUGAUCAUCCUUUAUUGAAAGGACAUAAAAUAUUGGAUCCUCCCGAAAGCCCGAUAAAUAAAUAUGAGAAAGGUAAUAUGAGUGAUAUCGUUCAAUUGUGGACCUUGUCCGGUGAAUCAUGCCCCGAAGGAACAAUUCCAAUUAGAAGAACAACUGAACAAGACUUGUUAAGAGCUGAAUCUAUUGACACAUUUGGAAGAAAAUUACAUAAUUUUAGAAGUGACUCCAAUGCAAAUAAUGGACACGAGCAUGCAAUUGGGUUUGUGUACGGUAAAUUAUAUGGAGCAACGGCUUCCAUAAACGUGUGGUCCCCACAAGUGGAAAUUCCAGACGAAUUUAGUUUGGCUCAAAUUUGGAUUGUCAAUGGUUCAUAUGGAGAAGAUCUAACCACCCUUGAAGCUGGUUGGCAGGUCUAUCCGAGGUUCUAUGGUGACAACAGCCCGAGAUUAUUUAUUUAUUGGACGACGGAUUCAUAUAAACAAACGGGGUGCUACAAUUUGCUAUGCUCAGCUUUUGUUCAAACUAGCAGCAAACAUGUAAUUGGAGCAGCAAUUCCUUCAGCUUCUACGUUCAAUGGCCCACAACUAUCUAUUACCUUUUCAAUCUGGAAGGAUCCAAAUAAUGGGAAUUGGUGGCUUGAAUUUGGAGCUGGAAACAAAAUUGGAUAUUGGCCAUCUUCUUUGGUUCCCCACUUAAAGGAUUAUGCAAAUGAAGUUCAUUUUGGUGGAGAAAUAGUGAAUAGAAAGAGAGGAGGAUAUCACACUUCAACCCAAAUGGGUAGUGGACAUUUUCCUGAGGAGGGUUUUAGAAAAGCUGCAUACUUCAGAAAUUGUCUGAUUCUGGAUGAUAAUCGCCGAUUAACUUCGUUGCCUGAACCUAAACUUCUAGUACAGUCCCCAAAUUGUUAUAGUAUAGAAUAUGAGUUGAGUAAAGCGUGGGGGAGUCACUUUUACUUUGGUGGACCCGGCAGGAGUAACAAAUGUCCUUAACAAACCAAUAAUAUUAAUUAUAGAGGUAAACAAUAUUUUGAAUAAAAAAAAUAUAUCUUGUAAUAUCAAAUUAUAUAGUAUAAAUUUCCUUGACGAAGGUUGUAAGACCGGUAUAAUAUAGUAUAUUU